AUGGUCCACAAUGGAUAUGAUAAGUCUAUUAACAAUCAGUCCCAUGUUAGAGAAUUCACCCUCCUCGCCAUCGCCUACGUCUCCCAUUGGAAGCCGCUCAUCUUCUCAGUCUUUUUGACAGUCUUCCUUAUGACUAUCUUAGGAAACAGUCUCAUUAUUCUAGUGGUCAGACUGAAUGUUUCUCUUCACACCCCUAUGUACUUCUUCCUAUCGAACCUGUCCUUUGUGGAACUCUGCUAUACAUCCAUUACCAUUCCUAACAUCUUGUCUGGGAUUAUAAGAGAAAAUGGCGCCAUCUCCUUCUCAGGUUGUAUGGUCCAAGUCUAUCUGUUUACAUUAUGUGCCACUGCUGAGUGCAUCCUGCUGGCCGCCAUGGCUUGUGACCGCUAUGUGGCAAUCAUUCGGCCUUUGCGUUACACAGUCAUUAUAAAUAGGAUGGUGUGUGUGUAUUUGGCCAUCUUUGCCUGGUCGAGUGGGAUUCUAAACUCAACCAUCAAUACUGUGGUCACCUCCAACCUCUAUUUCUGUGGGCCCAAUGUCAUGGACCGUCUGUAUUGUGAAGUCCAGCCUCUCAUACGUCUCUCCUGCUCGGACACCCACCUCAGCGACAUGCUCGCCACGCUUUCAGCCGCCGUGUUCGGAGUCAGUUGUCUUCUUUUUAUCCUCACGUCCUAUACCUUUAUCCUAUUGGCCAUUAUGAAGAUGAAAAGUAGAAGUAGCAGAAGCAAAACCUUCUCCACCUGCACCUCACACAUCACGGUUGUCAUCCUCUAUUUCGGGGGGCUUAUUUUCAUGUACCUUUUGCCCAAUGAUCGUUCCUCUCAAUGGUUGGACUUGGCUGUUUCCAUGAUCUACUCUAUGGUGACGCCUAUGCUGAACCCUAUCAUUUACAGUUUGAGGAACCAUCAGGUUAUAGGAGCUCUGAGGAACAUGAUGAGAUGCCUUACAUGA